CAAACGAUAUUAAAUAUAAUACACAUCUAGCACUUGAACUUUAGAAAUAAUUUCUCUGGUACCUCAGUAAAAAACCUUGUCACCCACGUGUGGUGUUAAUAAAUCAUCUAUCGAUACACCGUAUCAGACCGUAUUAAAUGUAACCCACGUCUGUGUUUCUUCACAGUAAUCGCCUAACCGCUGAAAACAAGAUGGACAUCCUUACUCCAUUCUUUGCGGUGCGAUUUUUCAUAAAUUUAGUUUCGACAUUGAUCAGUGUGGGCAUUGUAUUUUUCUUCGUCCCUAUAUUCCGACCCGACAUUGUCGAUCUUGAGAACAGAGUGAGGCCAGUAAUUACACAGGAAAUACAAAGUAGUUACGAUGUAAUAAUAAUCGGGGGUGGCUCAGCUGGAUCCGUACUGGCCAAUCGUAUAACAGAAGACGCAAAUGUGUCGGUGCUUUUGUUGGAGGCUGGGACCGAUGAACCAGUGUACACCGAUGUUCCUCUAUUCUAUCUACCUUCGCAGAACACACUGUUGGAUUGGGGAUUUAGGCCCGAACCUUCGACCACGUGCAACUUCGCCAUGAGGAACCAUCAGAACUAUUGGCCACGAGGCAGGGUUCUAGGUGGAAGCAGCGUAAUAAACGCGAUGUUAUACAUUCGCGGUAAUAAGAAAGAUUACGACGAGUGGGAGAACCUUGGUAAUCCAGGAUGGAAGUACGAAAGCGUGUUGCCUUACUUCAAGAAGUCUGAAGACAUGAGGGUCGAUGGAUUAAAAGGAUCAUCCUACCAUCAAACCGGUGGACCCUUGACCGUGGAACAGUUCAGGUACCGUUCACCUGUGACCGAGUACUUGCUAAAAGGCGUCACCGAAAUGGGAUACGAGGAAAAGGAUGUAAACGGAGCCAGUCAAACAGGAGUUACGUACUCGCACGGUACGGUGAGGGAUGGACUUCGUUGCAGUACCGCGAAGGCCUUUAUACGACCGGCUUCGAAGAGAAAAAAUUUGCAUGUCAGCCUUCUGUCGUACGUGGAGAAGAUCUUGGUGCAGGAUGAUGGAAAAACAAAAACCGCAUACGGGGUACAAUUUCGACAAGGUAAAAUUCAGAAGGAGGUGAAAGCCCCUCGCGAGGUCAUAUUAUCAGCUGGUGCGAUACAAUCGCCCCAACUGUUGAUGCUAUCUGGAAUCGGACCCAAAGAUCAUUUAGGAGCAAUGGGGAUUCCAGUGGUACAUGAUUUGCCAGGUGUAGGUCAAAAUCUUCGGGAUCAAGCAGCGAUGGGUGGCAUGACUUACUUGGUGGACCCACCAGAGGACUAUAAGGGCACAAAACCUUUCACGUUCUCUUUGUCACGUGAUCUUACUCCACAGACGGGGAUGGAAUUCAUUGAGAAACAGAGUGGACCCUAUUACACUGCUCUAGCCGAGAGUAUGGCGUUUGUUAAUACCAAGUACGCGAACGCGUCAGAGGACUUUCCUGAUAUUCAAUUAUUCAUCAUCCCCGUUCAUGACGCUCUGCACGGUUGUUUCGGGGCGCUUUUGUCGUUUGAAAAGCAUUUCAACAAAGAAUGGUGCAUGGAUAUGCAGACCCGACCUUCAUACUGGGUCAUACCGCUUCUCUUAAGACCUAGAACCAAAGGACACAUCAAAUUGCGGACGAAGAAGCCAGAGGACCAUCCAAUCAUUGUUUACAAUUACUUCGAAGAUCCUUACGACCUCGAUGUUCUGGUAGAGGGAGCGAAGAUCAUCCACGAACUGAGCAAGACUCCGACAAUGAAGAAAUUGAACGCUACAGCGCAUUUGAACCCCGUCAAAGAGUGCUCGUCAUACGAAACGUUAUCGGAUGACCAUUUGAAAUGCCUUGCUAGACAUUACACAGAAACAAUCUAUCAUCCCAUUGGGACAUGCAAAAUGGGACCA